AUGGAUCCACGCUUGUAUGAAGCUAUAACUUCAGGGAACAUUUACAAAUUGGAAGGGAUAUUAGCUACAAGGAAUGAUGUUAAUGAGUAUAUUACAACUCAAAUUACGGCUACUCGCAAGAAUUCUGUUCUACAUGUUGCAGCACAAUUCAAGAGAAAAAUGUUUAUAGAGGAAAUUUGCAAGAGAUGUUCACAACCUGAGCUAUUAAUAAUGCAACAAAACUUAAAUGGUGAUACUGUGUUGCACAUUGCUGCGAGGCUAGGAUUAUCAGAUAUAGUCGUAGCUCUUAUUCAUCAUAUGUAUGCUAAUAAUAGUCGUCAACGUAUUACGGUGCAAGAGCUAUUGAGGAUGACGAACAAACAGAACGACACUGCAUUGCAUGAAGCUGUUCGUAACCAUAAGUUGUUAGUAGGAAGAUUUUUGAUUGAAGCAGAUCCACUGGUUGAAUACUUUCCGAAUAAUGCCGGUGAAACCCCACUUUACCUGGCUGCCGAAGAAGGGUUGUAUGAUUUUGCAGUUCAAAUCUUACAAUGUCCAUCCUCAGCUCAUAAUGGUCCUGACGGGAAAAAAGCUUUGCACGUAGCCGUAGCUAAGGGGUAUUCAGAUAUAACAAAAUUAUUACUCGAGAAAAAACCAAGUAUGAUAUAUCAAAGAGACAAGAAAGGAAACAGUGCACUCCACUAUGCUGCCUAUUUUGCCAAGCCAAAGGCUGCUAUUCAGUUACUGGAAGCUGACCCUUCUAUUGCAUGGGCGAAGGACAAUGAUGGCAAGACAGCUCUUCACAUUGCAGCAAGUAGCCGUUUGCCUAGAAAUAUUGCGUACCUACUUAAGGAGGUGACUAAAUGCUGCCAAGAAUGCUGGGAAGAACUUGAUAACAAUGGACGAAACUUUCUUCACAUUGCUGCUGAAAGCGGAAACGUGAACGUGAUAAAGUAUAUCUUAGGGAAAUCAAACUUGGCUGAGAAUAUUAUAAACGACGAGGAUAACCAAGGAAAUACACCUCUGCAUCUGGUUCUUAGGUCUAAAUGUGUUGAAUGUUUGAAAAUUCUCAGCAGGGACAAGAGAGUGAACAAGACGGCCGUUAACCGUGAUAAUUUAACAGCUUUGGAUAUUCUUCUUCGUGACCUGGACAAGGCAGAUAUGCCACAUCGGGAGUUUAUACAAGCGGGCUAUAGAUACCUGUUUGAUGGAGGAUUGCUAUGGUAUGGGAGAAGCCAAAUCAGAAUAGAUGGAGAAGAUGAAAGUUUUGGAGCCAUAACACGGAAUAAGUACAAGAUAGCUAUAGAAUGUGCAAAAGAACUAACUGAAAGCCAGAUGUUAGUGACUACACUUGUAUCCGCAGUUACGUACACAGCUGGUUUAGCACUACCAGGAAACUACAUAACUACUGGCGGACCCUCGUCAGGCUUGGCCACUUUAAAUGGCGUACCCGCUUUUAAAGCUUUUGCGGGUUGUAACAGCACUGCCUUGCUUCUUUCUAUUAUUGUUUUACUCAUCCACUACUUUAACAAACUAAUUCCUCAUAGAAAUGCCAAAUCAGUGCAGCGACGAGCAAAGUUGGACUGCAGCAGCUUUGAUCAGCUGAACUACAAUAGCAACGAACAGAGCUGCACUGCAGUAGCUGCGAUCAGCUGGACUGCAGGAGCUACGAAUAGAGCUGGACGCAGCAACUUCGAUCAGCUGGACUGCAGCAGCUACAAAGAGAACUGCACUGCAGCAUCUGGGAUAAUAUGGACUGCAGGAGCGACAAACAGAGCUGGACUGCAGCAUCUUCGAUCAGCUGGUCUGCAGGAGAUACGAACAGAGCAGUACUGCAGCAGCUGCUGA